GCUACUUUUGGGCUAGUUUUAAGUAGCAAUUUCUGCGGUUUUGUUGGGAAAACCUGGCAACCCUGAAGCGCAGUACUUGCAUGGACGGAGCAACAACAAUUUCGAUCCACCCUAAACUAGUGGCAGCUGAAACCACCCUUUUCUUUGAGACUUCAGAUACGCUCAAUUGCUUACAUAACAGGCUGAAUUCAAUGAGACGGUUGCCAGGGAAAUCUGCUCUGACUGUUAGGAACUGAAAAACACCAUUUUGGCAUUUUUGAACGCUGAGAGCUUGAGACCAUCCUCAUUUUAAAGCAUGGCUAAGCGUGUGGCUGUGAUUGGAGCAGGCAGCUCUGGACUGACCUCCAUCAAAUGCUGCUUGGAUGAAGGGCUGGAGCCUGUGUGUUUUGAGAGCAGUGAUGAUAUUGGAGGACUCUGGAGGUUUAAGGAACAACCUGAGGCAGACCGUUGCAGCAUUUAUCGUUCUCUCAUAGUGAACACCUCUAAAGAAAUGAUGUGCUUCAGUGAUUUUCCUGUGCCUGAUCAUUACCCCAACUUCAUGCCCAACUCUAUGAUUAUGAAGUAUUUCAAACUAUACGCUGAGCACUUUAACUUGCUCAAACACAUUCGGUUUCAGACCACCGUUCGCAGUGUGAGACAAAGGCCUGAUUUCUCUGACUCUGGUCAGUGGGAGGUGGUGACCGUGGACAAAGAUGGACGAGAGGAGACACAUGUGUUUGACGGUGUGCUAGUGUGUGCAGGACACUACACACAACCCAUCAAACCCCUCUCAGACUUCCCAGGUAUUGACACAUUCCCAGGGACAAAAAUUCACAGUUGGGAAUAUAAGGAUCCUGAUCCUUACCAUGGAAAGAGAGUUGUUGUUGUUGGAAUUGGGAAUUCUGGUGGAGACAUUGCCGUGGAGCUCAGCAGAACAUGUGAGAAGACGUUCCUGAGUACCCGGAAAGGUGCUUGGGUCAUAGGUCGCGUGGUUGGUAGAGGGCUUCCUCUAGAUAUGACAAUGGUCAGACGAGAUCGAGAUCUGAUUAACACCCUCCUGCCUCGAGCUUUGCUCAACUGGAUUGGGGAGAGAAGUCUCAAUCAGAGACACGACCACAAGCUGUAUGGACUACAGCCUGCGCACAGGAUUCUCGACCAGCGUACCAUUAUAAAUGAUGACCUUGCAGGUCGCAUUCUGGUAGGAGAACUGGUGCUGAAACCAAAUGUGCAGAAGUUCCAAGGCUCAACGGCUGUCUUUGAUGAUGGAACUGUAGAAGAGAUGAUUGAUGCAGUGAUCUUAUGCACAGGAUAUGAUUAUAGAUUCCCCUUCCUCCCCGACUCCUUAAACUCUGGUUCUGAUGGGGAUCUGAAACUCUACAGAAGAGUCUUCCCUCCAUCUCUCGAGCAUCCAACACUGGCCAUCAUGGGCCUGCUGCAGACCAAAGGGCCAAUCAUGCCAGUUGCAGAACUACAGGCACGCUGGGCCACCAGGGUCAUUGCAGGACUUAACCAUCUUCCUCCAGUCGAAAAAAUGGAGAAAAUAAUUGAGAGAGACAUAAAACCAUAUUUAAAGAGUUUCCACUGUCCCAAACUGGCGGCCCUUCAAGUGAACUACAUCCCAUACCUAGACACAGUAGCAAAGGAAGUGGGCGUCUGUCCCAACAUUGCUUGGCUGCUCCUGACAGACCCUGCUGUUGGUUUGAAGGUUUUCUUUGGGCCCUGUACUCCCUACCAGUUUCGACUGAGUGGACCGGGGCACUGGAAGGGUGCCCGUCAGGCCAUCCUUACCCAAUGGGAUCGUGUGGCUAAACCCAUGAAGACACGGCCCAUUCCAGAACCUUCAUCCUUCAGUUUAAUUUUUUGGCUGGGCCUGUCAGGAGGGGCUGCAGUGAUUGCUUUAAUGGCAAUGCAAAAGAAAAUCCCACUGUUUCUGAGUAUCGCUUAGAUCCCAUUGAUAUCCCAUAAUUGUUUUUUGGAUAGCUCUGUUUUGUAUUUGCACUGUAAACUAAUUGUUUCUUAAUCUAAUUCUUAAAGUUCAUUAUCUUUUAUAAUAUGUAUAAUAAGUUAUAUUUUAAAUCAUUUAUUCUUUUGAGGAAAUUAAAAAAAGAAACAUUACCUAACAAGGUAAUCUAACUAAGUAUAACUAGUAGUUGUCAAGUCUGUUUUUUUCUCAAAACAAGUGCUCUGGCAUAUUUUCAGACAUGAUAGUUAUAUUUUCUGUUUCAAUCAGGUAAGAGUAAUAUAGUAAUACACCUUUUGACAAUCAUUACAGAAGUGAAGUACAGUGCCUUGCGAAAGUUUUCAUACCCCUUCAUGUUUUUUCAUGUUUUGUUAUGUUGCAGCCUUAUGUUAAACUACUUUAAAUUACUUUUUUACCCACAUCAAUUUACAUUCCAUACACUAUAAAAACAAAGUAAAAAAACAGAUUUGUGACAACUUUAUUAAAAAUAAAACACUAAAAUAAGUACAUUGCAUAAGUAUUCAUACCCUUAACUCAGUACUUAGUUGAAGCACCUUUACAGCCUCAAGUCUUUUUGGGUAUGAUGUAACAAGCUUUGCACAUCUGCAUUUGCCAGUUAUCUGCCAUUCUUCACCCCACCUCUCAAGCUCUUUCAGCUUGGAUCAGGGCUGGCAGACAUUUUCAGGUUUCUCCAGAAAUAUGUGAUUGCGUUCAAGCCCAGGCUCUGGCUGGCUUCUGCCACAGUCUGAGGUUCUGAAUGCUCUGGACUGGGUUUUCAUUAAGGCUAUCUCAAUAUUUUGUUGUUGCAUUGAGCUUUCCUUCUGCUCUGAGGCGUCCCUCAGUCCUUGCUGCUGGAAAAAAAAACCCACAGCAUGAGGCUUCUACCACCACACUUUACUUUUGGGAUGGUACUCAAGCAGUGCUUGGUUUCCUUCAAACAUGAUGCUUAGAAUUGAGGUUCAUCAGACCAGGGAAUCUUGUUUCUCACAAUCUGAGAGUUCUUUAGGGUUUUUUUUUUGUUUUGUUUUGUUUUGGUUUGGUUUUGUUUGCAAAUUCCAAGUGUGUUUUCAUGUGUCUUCACUGAGGAGAGGAUUGAGUUUGGCCACACCACCAUAAAAACCGGAUUGGUGGAGCGUUGCAGUGAUGUUUGUCCUUCUGUAAGUUUCUUCCAUCUGCAUAUAUGAUCAUGGAGCUCAACUAGAGUGACCAUCAGCUUCUUGGUCACCAGUACAACCAAGCCCCUUCUCCAUCAAUUGCUCAGUUUGGCCAGGAGGCCAGCUCUAGGAAGAUUCCUAGUUGUUCCAAGCAUCUGCCAUUAUGGAUAAUGGAGGCUACAUGCUUCUGUGAACCUUCAAUACAGCAGAUUUUUUUCUGAACUCUUCCACAGGCCUCAGGGCUUAGUUUAUGCUCUGAUAUGCAUUUUCAGCUUUUCUGAGAGGUGCGUGCCUUUUCAAAUCAUACUCAUUUGAAAGCCACAGUUUACUCUACUCUAAGUGUAGUAACAUCUACAAGCGAUAUUAGUGCUCCUGAGCUACAUUUCAGGUGUCCCAGAAAAGGUUAUGAAUACUUGUGCAAUGAAAUCAUUUCAGGGUUUUUUUAUUUCUAAUAAAUUCACAAAGUUGUUACAAACCAUGUAGAUUGAUG